AUGUGUUACGGAAAAACUACAAGAAACACCCGUGAGCUGGCUUAUGAAAUGGCUACGCUUAAUGGAAUAAAAGUGCCAGAAAGCUGGCAUAAAAAUAAAUCGGCUGGUUUAGAUUGGAUGCGAGGAUUUUUUAAGAGAAAUGGAACUUUGAGCAUAAGACAACCAGAGAACUGCUCGUUGUCAAGAAUGACAUCUUUUACUAGACCAAAUGUGGAGUUAUUCUUCCACAACCUGGAAGAAGUUUUAAAUAGAUUUGGUGAUCAACUCACUGGCUCUCGAAUAUUCAAUCUGGAUGAAACGGCCACUAGCACAGUUCCAAGCAAAUCUGUAAAAGUCAUCGCCCAGAAAGGUGCAAGGACCGUUUCCAAUGCAGCAUCUGCUGAACGUGGAAUUUUAGUAACUACUACUUGCAUUAUUAGUGCAUCAGGAAAUUCGAUUCCACCAGCCAUGGUAAUUCCACGUGUAAAAUUUCGGGAUCAUAUGCUAAUGAAUGCUGUUCCUGGUACAUUGGGUUUAGCUUCACCUAGCGGAUGGAUGAGUGCAGAUCUAUUUCCAAGGGUAAUGGAACAUUUUAUCAAGUAUAGCUUAUCAUCUAAAGACAACCCUACAGUUCUAAUCAUGGAUAACCACGCCAGCCAUAUGUCGAUCGAAGCUAUCGACAUGGCAAAAAAUAAUGGGGUGACGAUCAUUACUUUGCCACCGCAUUGUAGUAACAGACUUCAACCUUUAGACGUCACAUGCUUUGCGCCUUUUGAAAAAUUCUAUUCAACGGCAGGGCCGUCGCUAUAG